GACUACAGCCAAUCACAUGAGCGGAGUGAAAUGCAUUCUGGGUAUACAGUUAGCAGUGGAGCUAGCGUUAGUUAAGAUCUGUACGUCUGUCAUGCUGACGUCUGCUGAUCUUAGAGGAUUAAGAUAGCAGCAACGAUGGAGGCUUCUGCCUCUGAGACUGAAAGGAAAGAGGAGACUGGAGCUCAGGGAGAAGAUGGACCAAAGUCAAARAAAACGUCUUUAAAAAGGAAGUCRGGGGUGAAAACGAAGAAGCCGAAAAGGGCCCGACUGUCCCGGCCCGACUACACGGUCCAUCAGGGAGAAGACAUGCUCCUGGUCAUCUCCAACGCUUCGUCACAGUACGUCGGUUCAGUCUGGACCUCCAAAAAGAAAGGAAGCAAAAAGAGGAAGGCUGCUAAAGGAAAGCUGCAAAAGAGUCAGGUCAAGAAAAGAAAACGUGUUUGUGAAAAAACUAAAGUGGAAAACAAAGCAGCGCAGAGGGAAGUCGAGGACAGGAAGUCGUCUCAGACAGGAUCCGAGGACAGAUGGGGACAGGAUUUACCUGAAGAGGUGCUGGUCAGCAUCUUUCAGCUGGUGGUGAUUCAGGACGGAGCGGUUCCUUUCCUCUGCAGGAUGGCCAGAGUGUGUCGUUUGUGGAACGCCGCCGCCUCCAGUCCGGUUCUGUGGCGCAGGGUGACUGUGGGUCACUGCUGGGUGGAACCGGGGAAGAGCCAGCUUCCAAAGACCGAGGCGAGGAUCAGAAACACGGUUACCUGGCUCGCUCAAAACAGGUUCUCGCAGCUCAGAGACUUUUCUCUCUGCCACUGGAACAAAAACGUCGACUUCACCUUAGAGCUGGUUUCCCAGUCCUGUCCUCAGCUUCGCUCCAUCAAGCUGUCGUACUGUAAAGGCGCCACGCUGAAGGCCUUCCUCAGCCUCGGCCUGCACAGCCGCCGCCUGCAGACCAUCAACCUGCAGCAGUCUGAGUUCCAGGUUGAAGGACUGGUGGAGUACCUGGAGCAUCAGGGGAGUCAGAUCAGAGAGCUGCUGUUCACUCAUGGACUGAAGACAGACAAGCUGCUGGCAGUUCUCUCCAGGGGGUGCUGUCCUGAUCUGGAGCUGUUAGAGGUCAACAAGAGGCUGGACAGUAAAGACGRGGAACUUCCUGUUUGCAUCCAGCAGCUCCAGACGGCCUGUCCUAAACUGAAAACCUUCCGGAUGAUGAACGUCAGACUCCUGAGCAAGACGAUGCGUAAYGGAGUCGUUUCUGCGGCGGGAUUCCCGCUGCUGGAGGAGCUCUGCAUCGCGACCACGUCCUACUCCUACCUGACCGACAAAGACCUGACAGACGUUUUGUUCGCUUCCACCAAACUGAGAGUCCUGGACCUGCGAGGCUGCUCCCGAGUCUCCACGUCGGCUCUGACUGUGCUACCGUGUCCCCAACUGGAGUGUCUGUUCUGGGGUCAGUACUGCAGCCAGUUUGGGUCGUCGUCCACGAAGCGGGGGCUCCACCUGCUGACCCAGAAGUGGGGUGGGACUCUGCGGCAGCUUGACGUGACCAACCAGCCCUUCAGUGAGGAAGACUUGGAGCUAGCCAUGAGCUACCUGAGCCAGGAGGCUGAGGCGGGAACGCUGCGAUCACUGAACCUGAGCGGGACCAGGAUCACGCCACGCGCCCUCAGGUCAGUGCUCGGACCGUCGACAGCUCUGGAUUAUCUCAAUCUGACGUCCUGCCGUUAUUUACCAAGAGGACUGAAGAAGAUUUACAGAGGCCAAGAUGAAAUCAACGAGCUGCUGGAAAAACUGGAGCGAGAAGUAGUUUAGUGUCUUUAAAUGUUUCUGUUCAUCUAGGGAGGAGAACUCUACUUUUCAAACACUUUACAGGUUUUUGUUUUUUUACUACAGCUGCCUCUUUUUAUAUCAACAAAAAGUCUAAAAGCAGCUCAGAAACAAAAAUAAAACUUCAUUUUUUGUAUAUUAUCUUUGUCUCCACUAGAGAGAGCUAAAAGUAUGUAUAGAUUAACCAAAACAGGUUUUACUCUUAAACCAGUCUGUUGGAAAUCAGUUUGUCUCGUUAAUCUGUUGGAUUAUUAAACUAAAACUAAUCAAACAUUUCUUUUUCAGUUGAUGAUGAUUUAAAACCAAGAGGAAAAACUUCCUAAAGUUCUAAAAGAUCAGACUGAGAUCAUGCUCCAUCAGUUUAUUGGUCUCGUAACACAAAGAUACUUUUUUUAAAACAACAUUCCAAGAUAACGUUCAGAAAACAAUCCCUUCUGACUCAAGACUAAUUCAAUCUUUGACCACAUUACAGGAACAGGUGAUUYGGUGCCAAACAUUCAGUUUAUAUCAGUGUAAAAACAUGCAAAAGCAUCAGUCCCAAACCCACACGACAAGUUUAAAGUGGAAAAAAAAAGAUAAUCAGGAAAAACAAACCCACAGAAACUGACAGUAAAACAUAUUAAUGGUUAUUUUUCACAGUUGACGUGUUGCAACUUACUUCCAGCUGGACUUUUCCAAGAAACUAUUCAGUUCUCACCCACUCACAGUGUAAAGCACAGAAAACAUUUUAUUGUCUUCAUAAUGAAACUUGUCUGUUUUGUCAGAAUUUAUCAUCAGAUUAAGAAACAAAAAGAUUUGAUGCCAACGUCUAAUUGUUGAAUGAAUAAAGUGACAGGUUCUGUGUGAA